UGUGGCUGCUGAGUGAGUUUAGCUGACGAGCCUGCAGGAGUCCGGCGUCGCUCAACGUGUGCCCAGUCCAGUUAACAUAAAACGUAGUCCAGCCCAGGAUCCCCUCCCUCCCCACUCCCUAACCCGGAUGUACACAUAGCCGCCGCUUCUGGAGUGGAGGAGACUUGGGAGGGACGUUGCGUGGAACGCGGGACUCACUCGGACGGGUCCUGUGGGCGCUGCACGGCGACAUGAGCGAGCGGUGACGUCUGCCUCCGCCUCAGCUUCUCCCCGGCCCGGCCAUGGCGCCGAUGGGGAUCCGCUUGUCUCCGUUGGGCGUGGCUGUCUUCUGCUUGCUGGGGCUCGGCUUGCUCUACCACCUUUACUCGGGCUUCCUGGCCGGCCGCUUCGCCUUCUUCAUGCUAGGCGGGCCGGCAGCAGAGUCGCCGGCCGGCAGCGUGGACCUGCGGGAGCUGCUGGCCGCCUCGGUCCUGGCGGCAGUCACGGGCGGCGCGGAGGUGAAGCGGGUGCGGGAAGCCAACCUCCUCAACGUCAAGGCCAAGGGCAAGACCCGGGAAGGGGCCGAGGAGAAGCUGACCAGCGGCGACCUCCUCUCCAACCGCAAGAUGUACUACUUGCUGAAGAACGCCUUCCCCGGCGUCCAGAUAAAUACAGAAGAGCAUGUAGAUGCAGAUGACCAGGAGACAAUUUCCUGGGACCGCAGUAUUCCUGAAGAUAUAAAAAGAGUUGAUUCUAAACUUGUCCCACUGGACAGUGUUACAGUUUGGAUUGAUCCUCUAGAUGCAACUCAAGAAUAUACAGAGGAUCUUCGGCACUACGUUACUACAAUGGUUGGUGCUGCUGUAGAUGGUAAACCAGUUAUAGGAGUAAUACACAAGCCAUUUUCUGGCUAUACAGCCUGGGCAAUGGUAGAUGGAGGAUCAAAUAUUAAAGCUCGUACUUCCUACAAUGAGCAAAUGCCAGCAAUAAUUGUAUCCCGAUCUCAUGCUGGGACAGUGAAGCAACUUGCUUUGAAAACAUUUGGAAAUAAAACUGUGAUCAUUCCAGCUGGUGGAGCAGGUUAUAAAGUCUUAUCUCUCCUAGAUGUGCCUGAGAUGGACCAGGGAAAAGCUGAUGUGUACAUUCAUGCUACAUACAUCAAAAAGUGGGACAUAUGUGCUGGUAAUGCAGUGCUGAAAGCAUUAGGAGGUCAAAUGACUACCUUAGCUGGAAAUGAAAUCAGUUACACUGGUUCAGAUGGCCAUGAAGAAGGGCUCAUAGCUAGCAUCAAGAUAAACCACAGGGCGCUGGUUGAAAAACUUUCCGUUCUAGAAAAGACUUCACAGAAGUAAAUGCUUGACAGUGACCAAGUCCUGCUUCUGGAGCCUCAAAAUGGUCCUGUAGAGGAAAAAAAUGUGAAACUGGCCUUUGGAUAAUGGUACACACAAGCAAAUUAAUAUCUUUUGGAGAAAUACACAGACCGUCAUUUGACAGUGUUUAAAACUAAGAUUAUUGGAACACAAGAUUUCUUAAUGCCUCAGUGUCGAUUUUAAAUGUUGGGACUGUUCUUCAAGUCCACAAUACAACUGGGAAAAUCCAGUAAUCUGAGCACAUUACAAAUUUGUUUUGGUAAUCCCUCACAUUCUAUUAUAGCAUUCUUUGUCUUGUCAUUGGCAGCAAAAGGAAAAAAAAGGUUUUGAUCACUUGAAAUCCAUGGAGAGACAGAAAUGGAUGUUGCUUUUGGAUAAGCAGUGAAAGAAGACUGAAGCAUCUUCAUGUGACUACUGCUCAUCUUGGAUACAAUUUAAAAUUAUAAAGAAAUGUUUGGCUCUAUUUUAAUUUUUACCUGAAAACUGAAACCAGCUUAACAUGGAUGAAAAAAUCAUUAAUGUUUGUGUGGUUUAGUAUAGCAUUCAUUCUGUGUAUCAUUUUAAAAGAAAAUGUGUUCCCUGUACAGUCUUAACUAUUGAACAUUGCCCUUUUCAGUAUACACUGUUAAGUGUUUAAAAUUCUUCACAUUUGGUGUUCAGCUUAUAAAGUAGUCGUCUAUCCUUAGUGAUCAUUUAUUAAACAACUUGAGAAAACCUCAUAUUAUUGUUGCCAACGUAACGUAAAGGUUUUGCAUUUAUGUGAAACUCGUUACAAGAAAACUAAAGUGUCUUGCCAGCAAUCCUAAAUAUCGCAUUGUAGAAAUUCCUUUUAAAAGAUGCACCCUAUUCUUUGUUUUGUGGGUUCAGAAGUCUUACCCUGUAUGCUCCUUUGCCUUGUAAGUCUUAAAUAAGAGUUGUAAAAACUUAAAGGUGGGGGGGCUCAAAGGAUGACAGAAACAUCAUUUCAGUAGACUGCUUGUUUUGUUUUCCUCCCAUCAGAUUUCUUUAACAAAAUGAGACAUGCUCCUUGAUGCAAAACACUAAAGGUCUGUGUCAAUGUGAUAAGUAUUGAGGAUAUUUAAACCCUCCAAACUAGGUUAAAAGUAGGUCUGCACACUUUAAUAAAUUGAUGUGAUGAAUCAAAGUUUUGUUUAGAUUAAAUUUCUUCCUACCCCCACCCCUUGCCAAAUCAGUGAGGCUGACAACGAGCAACAACUCUGGGACUUUUGCUCCUCAGUGAGUUACAGUCAAGCAGGCCUCACGGUUGCCUGUUUGUCUCUUCUGUAGACUGUGCAAAUGUCAAAAAAUUCUAUACGUGAAAUUUUGGCAGCAGAAAGCUAUUUGAAUGUCAGAAUAGGAAAAUUGGUCAGUAUGUGCAAUUAACAAAAAUAUGUUUCCUUUUCUUUUUUACAACAAAGAUAGGGAUUUUCUCUCUGUGUGUUUUUGAAAAUAUGCUAAUUUUCACAAAUUUAAUCAAUUUUUAACAUUGGUUUUUAAAAAAUCCUUGCUUGACAGUUAAAAUGCCGCUUGCCUACCUGUUUCAAACUAUUGAUCUGUUCACAUUUCUGGCACAGAACAUCUUUAUACAAGACUGUUUAGCUUUCAAAUACUUCACAGUUGAAACAAUUCUGGUUGACACUGCUGGCAAUUGCUAAAGCCACAUUUGAAGUGAUAGAGUAAUAUUUCUCUGCUGGAUUCUUAAGGGUGGGAAAUCCAUGUGUGAGUGAGUGGUGGGGGGAUUAUUCCAACUUUAAGUUUGAUGUGUUAAGUUUUCACUUGCAUAUGUCAUUCUUGGAAGUUUGCACUUGUUAUACUGCACUUCAGAAAUCUGGUCCAGAUAUUAUUUAAAUGCCAUAUAAAACAUAAUAGAAUACUCCUCUCUAGGGAAAAAAAACCCCUAUAUAAAGCUGCAGUAGAACAAAGGUAUUACACAGAGUCUGCUUUUCUGAUUUACUUAAAUUUUUGAGUUAUAGCACAGCUGUUCUGUGUUUUACAUUUUUAAAUGUAAAAUAGUAAGGCUAAAGACAGAUAAUAGUUCCCCCCGCCCCCAUUGUUGGAGUUUGGAAGAGGGUUUGAUAUUCAUUGCAUACACAAACAUUCCAUUUUUGCCUCUGGUAAAUAGGUUUUGCUGGUUUUUAUAUGGCUUCAAAUGCCUGCUUGACCAGAGGAAGAAAUGUUUGUGCCAACAUGUAUAUAAAGUGUGUCUCGGUGCACUUUUAGUGCUCUCUUUUUUUUGUUCUUCUGUAAAAUAGUUAAAUGGAGCACUUGUGCUAAAAAAUAAUAAUGUCAAAUACUACAUUUGUCUACAUAUGAUAAAUUAUAAGACAGGAUUUCUACAGAGAUAAACUUGCACGCAGGAUGAAAAGUGGUCACAGUCCUAUAAUCCAUACAUACAGGAAGCUCCUUUCUGUAUAACUAAAUAAAACUCAUGUGCAAACCCAA